AUGUCCAAAGCAUCAUUUCUUCGAGAGUACAAGAUUGUCAUUGUCGGUGGCGGAGGUGUUGGUAAAUCGGCAUUGACCAUUCAGUUUAUUCAGUCUCAUUUCGUCGACGAAUAUGAUCCUACGAUUGAAGACUCUUAUCGCAAACAAUGCGUUAUCGACAAUGAAACGGCAUUGUUAGAUGUAUUGGAUACGGCAGGACAAGAAGAAUACUGUGCUAUGCGCGAACAAUACAUGCGCAACGGCGAAGGUUUCAUUCUCGUCUAUUCGAUCACAUCCCGUCUCUCGUUUGAAGAGAUCAGCACAUUCUAUGAACAAGUACGACGGGUCAAGGACCAUGAUCUAUUUCCCGUCGUGUUGGUCGGCAACAAGUGCGAUCUAGAAUCAGAACGACAGGUAUCGAGUCAAGAAGGACGAGAUUUGGCUCGAACGUUUGGUUGUCCUUUUAGUGAAACAUCGGCCAAACAACGCGUGAGGGUGGAGGAUACUUUUCAUGACGCUGUUCGAGAGAUUCGUAGGAUUAAUAAGGAACAAGAGGCGCGGGCAGCAGCGGCAGCGGCUGCUUCUGCUGCUAACGGU